UCGUGUGAUAACAAAUUAUCAGUCGAGACGUAAAUUUCACAACUUUUCGCAUCAAAAAUGUUCGAGUUGUAGCCAAAUUUGUCGAAUUUCACGCAAAAAUGGGCAGUUUGAAGGGGAUUUACAACAAUUAUCAGGAAAAUGGUGCAAUAUCUAUCGAAAAUUCGUAUUUUACGACGCAUGAAGAUCUCGAGGCAACUGCGAUGAGCACAGAUUGGAGCGGAAAAUGGGUUCUUUUGGCAGGCAGACGUGACAUAGCUCUUCAAAAUCUACAACGAGAAAGCGAAAAUGAAGAAAUUUUACAUAAAUUUCAUCGAAAUAGCAAACACGAAGUAUCUGCUGCGGAAUGGGCAAUUUGUGAGAACAGUCAAGAGUAUUGUGCAAUCGCUACGAGUCAAUUAAUCGAAGUCGUGACAUGGAAACUCGGAGAUCCAACGUUAAUUUAUUCGUUAAGAGCUCACACGCGAGUCGUCACUGACAUCGAUUGGCAUUCAAAGAUUCCGCAUUUGUUGGCAAGUUGUUCCGUCGACACAUUUACUCAUCUUUGGGACUUGCGCGAUCCGAGGAAACCCAUUUUAUCGUUGAGUGCAGUUUGUAUGUCGGGCGCCACGCAAGUUGGAUUUAAUCGUGUCUCGGGAAAUUUAAUUGCCACAGCUCAUGAUGGCGAUUUGCGAAUUUGGGAUCAACGAAAGGGAUCUUGCCCAGUGCAAUAUAUCACGGCGCAUUUGGCACGAAUUCACGGCAUAAAUUGGUCUCAUGAACACGAAACUCGAUUGACGACAGCAAGUCAAGAUGGCACUGUGAAAUACUUUGACAUCAAUCAUCCACGAAAGGCAGAAGCGAUAAUCGAUAUUAAAUCGCCUGUUUGGCGAGCAAGAUACACGCCCUUCUCGAAUGGGCUUGUUACGGUCAUUACGAACUUGGAGAGAGGAGAAAAUAGUCUGAUGCUUUGGAGUAAUUCACGACAAACGAGUUCAGUUUGUUCUUUCGUCGGGCAUAAAGAUGUCGUGCUUGACUUUGCUUGGCGCCCGCAACGAAACACAAACGAAACUGAUCGAGAAUUGAUUAGUUGGAGUCGGGAUCAAACGUUGCGUGUAUGGAAGGUAAGCGCCCAACUUCAAGCGAUGUGCGGAAAGGAUUAUUACGAUCACGACGACGAAACGGAUCAAUUUGAUGAGUUUUUGCACGAAAAUUCCCCGAAUUCGCCCGGAAAAGAGCAAAUUUUGGCUCCUGUUGUGCCGCAAUCGUCUUGCGGAUUGUAUCAUGAGUUCUCGUUGCUCAACACGAACAUCCCGCAUAUCGAUGUUCAAGAGACAGAUGCUGCCAAGAGGAAAGCUCAAGUCAAAAUUACAGCAAAUGGGCACAUUGUCUUGUUAUUGGUGACUUUUCCGCUUGGAUAUCCCGACAUUAAUGCACCUCCGGAGUUCACAUAUUGCCCGGGAACGUCUUUGGAUGCGAAUUUAUCGUCGACGUUGAUGAAAAAAAUCAAAUUGACAGCACAUGAAAGAGUCAGAAAAGGUCGCCCGUGUUUAGAACAAUGCUUACGAACGUUGGUAACAGCUUUAAAGAAGUCGAUAAGCGGAAGUGAGAAAGGACAUAUGAGAUUGCAAUCGCCGAGACUUGAAGGAGCGUUGAGCGGAGCAUUGCACGAUGCAUGUGUGCCAUUUCCAAAGACAAGCGGAGCGAGAUUCGGGCAUGUUAAUAUGUUGGUAACGUUUUCAUGUCCCUUGAAUAGGAGAAAUAUCGGAUUAAAACCGCAAAAUAUCACGCCGAGAGCUCUUUCAGCAUUAAGCGGAGGAUAUUUAGGAAAUGUAAUGGGCACCAAACCCAUGCUUUAUGCCCAACGAGAUGCUUCAACGAGUGCUUUGUACACCGAUAAACUCGCGAGACAGAGAAAAGUUUCAACUCGCUUCGUGAAUUCGUCAGUUUUGGUCUAUGACGUGUCAAAAAUGCUUCCAAUUCAAAAAGAUUUCGCUUUGCGAUACAAAAUAAUGUUCGCCGACAAACUUCAAAUGUGCCAACACAAUCUUGAAAUCGCUCGAGAACUUUCGAGACCUGAUCUCAUCCAAUGUUGGUCGAUGGCGGAAAUGCUUGCAUCUGAAUUAGACAAAAUUGAAAGCGAUACAGCGCUUAUUCCAACAACAAAACUCUUCGCAGCCAACUUACUUCAAUCGUUGAUCAGUACUGCACUCAAAAAUUUCGAUGUUCAAACUGCGACGAUGGUUUGUUGUGCUUUUGGGAAAUUUUGUGCUUCAAAUUCGACAAGUCUUACUCCUCUUGUCUCGACAAAACUUGGCGAAUAUGCUUUGACUGACUUUCGUUCGGAUCCAGCGACUCCCAAUUCGGAUACUUGGAGUCUCGUAUCUACCGCAGCAACAGCAAUUAACGCUUUAGAGAUGAAAUCUCCAUUGAACGAAUCCGUUGACACGACACACUCGUCAUUAACUUCAUGGAAUUUGGAUUCGAGUCAUCCCAUCGCCACACAAACGGAUUCCGCCGUACUAAUUACCGACAAUAAAUGUCAAAGUUACGACAGAUUCAAACUCGCUUACGCCGAAAUACUCAACAGAUGGCAGUUGUUGGUGCCAAAAACGCAAGUUUUGAAAUAUUUGUCGUCCUCGGAGUUGGUUCAAAGCGAUUCGACGUCGGAAAAGAUGACAACGGGUUUCAGUUUUGAAUGCGGAAAUUGUAAAAAUAAAUGUUUGCCUCCGGCGUGCAAGGGAUGCAAGAAAUUCCUCUUGAAAUGCACUUUUUGUCGUCUGCCUGUCAAGGGAAUGGCGAAUUUGUGUCUGAAAUGUGGGCAUGGAGGACAUACGGAACACUUGCUUUAUUGGUUUGAGAAAUCCGACGUUUGCGCAUCCGGAUGCGGAUGUUAUUGCUUGUUGGAAGAAACAAAUUUCUAUUAGUGAAUUGAUAGUUUAAGACUUUAUGAGAGAUGAAACGUACCUAUGAACUAUGUUGAUUUCUUAGAUUUUUAUAUUUUUCAUUGUUUUUUGCUUCGUAGCAACAAAUGUACUGACAAAAAGAGAAAAUUUUUAUAUAUAUUAGCAAUAAAGUUGUUUUUAUUACUU